UGUUACAGUUAUACUUUUGCUUCUAACAGUCACAGAGGCUUACCGUCCAGUUGGGCUCGGUGGUCCUGGUGGAUUCGGUGGACCUGGUGGAUUCGGAGGAUCUGGUGGAUUCGGCGGUCCCUUUUCUUUGGUCGACCCGGUUCCCUUGGACGUCCACCAUAUCGACCACUGCCCCCAAUACCACCACGGCCGCAACCGCAACCGCAACCACAGCCACAACUGCAAACCUUGCGCUUAUGCAGUUCCACGCAAUUAGCUCAAGACAAGUGUUUUUAUGCAGUGGAAGUAGCUGCAAACAGUUCCAUUCAAUUGAAUCUAGAAUGCGUUCAACGCGAUUCCUAUGAUGCCUGCGUGAGUGCGGUACAGACGGGUGCAGCUGAUUUGGUGGUGUCCGAUGGGCAGGAAUACCGGACGGCUCGUGCGGGCGGUCUAACGCCAGUGCUGUAUGCGCAUGAAAAUCGAUCCAGUUAUUAUGUAGCGGUAGCACCCAGAAUCAUUACGCUUUUGGAGCUGUACGAUGCGACUAUAGAUGUGGAUACUACGAAUGAGCGCGCCACUCGUGCUGCUGCAUUCUUUAAUCUUAAGCGUGGCCAGGAUGUGUGCACGCUGUCCGAGAACGACACUGCAACGAUUAAGAUUCGUGAUUCCGCCGAGUAUGAGCCCACCGAAGAUGAGAUAUUUAUAUGCGCCAAUCUCACUGUAGCCGAGCGGCAGGAAUACAGCACAUGCAACAUUGAAGCCAGUUUGGAACGCGCCAUUUUUGCCUCCAAAUCUUUUGCUGUCAAUCGCAAGUAUAGACAGCUCGUAGAAAAUAUCUUCGAGACUCUGUUACAAAGUUUGGGUCCAGACAAUAGUGAUUGGAAUUUCUUUGACGAUUUUGAGAAUAACGCUGAUGUCAUCUUCAAGAACAAUACCAUUGGAUUUUGUACAAGGCCUUCUUAUAUAAAUGGGUUUACUGAGGAGAUAUUCAACAGCAUUCAAUGCAAUUGAGAAGGUGCCUAACAGAAUUUUGGCGACGGAUAGAUAAUUAAUUUAAGUACUCAAAUGAAUUAAAUAUAAAUGUUUGAGAUGUAUACUCAUUCAUAAAUGUAAUAAUUAUGGGAAAAAUAAAUGAAUACAUAUUGCAUAAAAGA